GAGAACACGGAAGCGGAGGGAGCUCUUCUUCCACCUCUACCACCACCAGCCAGCCAGCCAGUCCCGCCACACCACUGGCACCCACCCCCCACCCAGCACCAAAUUAGGGGCCGGAUGACCACCAGGCCUGCAGACGGGGGCGCCGCCGCCGCCGCCGCCGCUGCCGACAAGCAGCUCGUCCCCGCCUCCAACGGCAACGCUCUCGCCGUCCGCAAGGCCCCCUCCAAGGACCGCCACAGCAAGGUUGACGGCCGGGGCCGCCGCAUCCGCAUGCCCAUCAUCUGCGCCGCCCGCGUCUUCCAGCUCACCCGCGAGCUCGGCCACAAGUCCGACGGCCAGACCAUCGAGUGGCUGCUCCGCCAGGCCGAGCCCUCCAUCAUCGCCGCCACCGGCACCGGCACCACCCCGGCCUCCUUCUCCACCUCCUCGCCAUCCUCCCUCCGCUCCACCUCCUCGCAGACCACGCCCUUCGUCCUCGGCAAGCGCGUCCGCAACGACGCCGACGCCGAGCCCACAGUCGCCGCCCCCGCCCCUGGAUUCUGGGCGCUGCCGGCGCGGGCAGACUUCGGCCAGCUCUGGAGCUUCGCGGCAGCGCCGGAGAUGAUGGUGGCCGCCGCCGCCGCCGCGGCUCCCGCCAUGGCAGGGGAGGCGUCCGCAGCCCGGGUCGGAAACUACCUGCCCAUGGCGCAGGGCAACCUCAACCUGCUCGCCUCCUUCUCCGGCGGGUCAGCUCCAACGGCCACAGCCGGACGGGCCGAGGAGGAGAGCGCACGCUGAACAUUCAUACCCCCAUCGGCGUUUUAUGCAUCUCCACAUCUAGGGUUUUAUUUAUUUAUUUAUUACUCUAGGUUUUCUUCCUUGAAUCCUUAGCUUGAGACUUGUUGCUCGGUUUGCUUUCCUUGCUGCUCAACUCUGCCUGCGUGUCUCUACUCUCUACUCAGCUCAGCUCAGCUCAACUCGCUUCUGGUUUCCUUCCUCUCUAGUCUCUAACAGGCUAGCUUGGUUGCCGAUCGAAUUGGGUAAAAAAUUGCUCGCACCUGCAAAAUUGCUCCACUCACUCGUGUCCACUGCUCAGCUCACCCGCCCCAUGAGUUACCCCAUUCCUCGUCAGUAGUAGUAGAUCUCUUGUUUGUUUUGUGUCACUACACCCCUGGUUGCUUAGCAAGCAGCAAAUGUUGUCCUGGUAGUCAUAGAGAUUGGGAGGUGUGCGCGUGUGUGCUGUUGCUGUCAAAACUCAAAUGUACUACUAAUCUCCUCCUCUCCGGGGUGGGCUGUUCCAAGAAGAAGAGAAGAAAACUUCCUCUUUGUUGGACAAGCAAGGGAAAUGGCGUCAAAUUGUCGUCCAUCUCUGCAGCAGGCAGCUGGUGCAUCAGUUCAGCUCAGCUCCCUCCCUCCCAAGCAGAGAGGGGGAAGAAGAGGAAGGAAGGAAAAAGACCUUUUCUUACCACAAACAAACAAACAAACAAAGGAUGCUGGGCCUGGCUGUAAGUUGUCCACUUGGUCUGCUCAUCCGCUCUGUCUGCUUGCUGUCAUUUUGAUUGUUGCCUUCUGUGCUCUUAUCUUGAUUCCAUUAGUCAUACUGCUUCUGCACCUGAAUGUUGAGGGAGAUUGAGAGCAAUAACUAGUGUGCUAGUCCUCAAUUGUUGGUAGCUCAGUUCAGCUCUUAUGUAUGUAUCUGUAUCUAUAUAUGUACGGAUUGCUUGUUGAUCAGGUCAAGAAUUAAUGGAUGAAAAUAAGGACGGAAGAUGAAGAAAAAUCAUGAAUGCAUCCGUCUUCGUUCCUCGUCCCAUGGCAUAUUUUCUGUUCAUUAUGGUCUAAUAAAAUGGUUUGUUGUUGGUUGC